CAGAUCCAGAUCUGCCAGCAGGCCCUGGACAUCAUGCGCAAGUUGGGUUCAGUCGGACAGCCGGCGCAGCAGGCCCUGGCAGGGUCCUUGCAGUCCAUGCGCGAGGCGCGCGCGGCUACUAAGCCCAUCAGCGCCCAGCUGCAGCAGGCGUCAGACAAACGCAUUAAGCAUCAGAAGCAGCUCGAACGACAUGAAGAACAGCUCCGUGUCUACCAGCUCCGAGUGGUCAACGCCCGCCAACACCUCGAGCAGCAGGAAAAGCUUGUCCAACAAGAGCAAGCAGCCAUCGAGGAGACCCGCAUCAAGAUCGAGGAGGCGAAGAAGGCAGAGGCAACCGCAGAUUCAGCGGAAGCCGAGCAGGUGCCAGGUUUGGCCCACAGUCUUGAUGAUACUCCUGCAGUCGAACUGUUGGCAGCGGUUGAGCGGAAGGUCAGCGCCAUGGCCAACGACAACCAGACCGAGCUGGGGAACAUCUUCCAGAGGCUCCUCCGCAGCGACGCCGAGCAGCAGGCGAGCGAGGCGGCGACGGCCCUGAGGCACGCUCCAGAUCGCCCACCAGCCGUGAGGCAGGAGUGGCCGAAGGGUCUGCAGAGCCCAAGGAUAGUGCGCGCAUGCCUGAGAACUCUGAGUUUUGGGAUUGUCAGUUUAUACAGUAACUAUUGGGUGGACUCUAUUGGGCCUGGUAGGGCCAACAGGGUUCUGUCCAAGAUCUUGGGGUCUCAUAUCCUGGGCUCUGGAGUUCCCUUCGUCGCGGGUGGUGAUUUCAACGUAAACCCUGAGACGCAUCACGAGCACAUGAGGCCCCACAAGUACCUAGGAGAGAUUUACGCACCUGAGUCCGCGACUUGCAUCAUCGGGGACAACAGGACCGUCAUAGAUUAUUUCAUCGUAUGCCGUCAACUCGCCCUCAGCUUCGAGAGGAUAGCAGUAGACGAGGAUGCGAUGAUACCGCCGCACAAGCCAGUCACGAUGUCUUUGAGCAGCGCUACCGAGGACAUAUUGGUUCAAAGGAUUGUUAAAUACCAGAAGGUACCAGCUGAGGUCCCCACAGGCCCCUCGAAGCCCCCGCCCGACUACGGUGAUUUGGCUGGCGAGAUUCAGGCCCUGCUCGAGGAUUUUCGCCACCCUUCAGGAAAAGGUUUUAGAGCGCCAGCAGGAGACGGCGAGAAGGCGAUCCUGCAGGCAGCUCUGGAUCGCAUCUACCCCGCCUGGACUGACAGGACCCUUUGGAGGAGCCAUUGCGAGUUCUGGCACCACUUCUGCGCGGAGCUCGGCACCCUUGCUCUCACUCCAGGCAAGCAGGACAUCUUCGUCCAAGCUGUCGAGUGCUGGGUGCCCAUCCUUGUUCAGCUGCAGGAUCCCCUGGAUACCAACUACUGGAUUCCCCCAGGCCCCUCCAGAGACCAAUUACGUAAGAUCUCGUCAAAGUUCAAGACGUUCACCACCGCUGUGGACGGGUACCACCCCAAGCACUUCUCCCAGCUCUCUGAAGGCGCCCUUGAGGUCAUGGAAGGCAUCGUUAACACCAUGAACGUUCUAGGAAGCAGCCCUUCGGCGCUGAAAGAACUGAUUGUUGCACUAUUCCGCAAGGCGACUGGAGGUCGAAGGCCCAUCGGGUUUUUCAAGAGCUUCAGCCGCAUAUACUCUAGGAGCCUAUCUCACCACUGCCGCGAAUGGGAACGUAUCUCGGCCAAGUCGAAACAUUCCAACAUGGCCCCUCAUAGGCGCACUACAGAUUCCGUCUGGAGGGCGGUGGUGAGAGGCGACAUCGCAGAUCAUUCAGGCAAGUUUGUAGCUACCCUCCUGGCAGAUUUAAAGCAGUGCUACGAGCACAUUGGCCAUCACACAAUGCUCAGCGAGGGCAUGAGGUGUGAUUUCCCUUUGUUCGCGCUGAAGGCGGCGCUCGACUCUUACAGGUGGCCACGGAGGCUACUCAUGGACAACGCAAUUGGCGAGCCCCUCUACCCCACCAGAGGGAUUGUAGCGGGCUCCUCCACGGCCACCUUUGAAGUUAACGGAUGUAUGAUUCCGACGAUCCGCGACACGACGAUCAACGAUGGCACGUCUCUCUCGAUGCACAUCGACGACUUGGCGUUCGACUCGAUAGGAUGUACUGUUGAAACGUGUUUGAAUGGCUUGGCGGAUCUUGCAGCUAGGAUUUUUCAUAAGUUUACGUAUACCCUCGAGCUCCCUAUCCAUAUGAAGAAGCUUAACUUCACGGCUAACAACUUCGAG